AAGCAUGUUGUAGGCGGGGCGUAGCGAGAGGCAAGAUGGCGGCGUACAGAGCAGGGGUGAUUGGGGCCGGUAGUUGGCGGCUGGUUGUGCCUCAGCGCAUGACAGGGGUUGUUAUGGGGGCGGCGGGCACAGGCCGGUGUCUUUCUUUCCUCGGGGUGUCAGGCGGCGGCUCUGGGCUGGGAGUCAGGGCUUAUAUGAGCCAGCUGGGGGCUCCUGCCAGUCACCUUGUACACAGGGCAGCGGAGAGGAGCAGCCUCCCAUUGGCUAAAGCCACUUACCCGGCAGUGAGAGGCUACAGAACCGGGGGGUGGUGGAGGGAAUCAGACAGGAGCAGCAGGAAGGUGCUGGGCUUAGUCUUUGUGCUGGGGGGCUCCCUGGGGGUUUUCCAGGCGCUGAAGUCCUCCCUGGGGGAACAGAGGGCUGAGGAGAAGCAGCAGCAGCAGCAGCAGGCUGAGGACGGAUCAUUCAGGCUGACCCUGUACCAGUACAAAACCUGCCCGUUCUGCAGCAAAGUACGCGCCUUCCUCGAUUAUUAUCGCUUGCCUCAUGAGAUCGUAGAGGUCAAUCCGGUCAUGAGAGGAGAGAUAAAGUUCUCCAGCUACAGAAAGGUUCCCAUCCUGAUUGCCGACUCGGGCUCUUCCUUGCAACUCAACGACUCCUCUGUUAUUAUCAGCGUGAUGAAGAGUUUCCUCACCUCCAACAAAAGCUUGGAGGAAAUCCUGUCCUAUUACCCAUCGAUGAAAGCUGUGAAUGACAAGGGGAAGGAGGUGGUCGAAUACAAUAACAAGUACUGGCUGAUGCUGGAUGAACGGGAGACCGAGCGAAUCUAUCCUACCAAAGAAUCCCGAGUUGAAGAGAUGAAAUGGCGCAGAUGGGCAGACGACUGGCUUGUACACCUCAUCUCCCCCAAUGUGUAUCGGACCCCCCACGAAGCCCUCGCCUCCUUCGACUACAUCGUCCGAGAGGGGAACUUUGGCACGGUGGAAGGCUUGUUUGCUAAAUAUGUAGGAGCUGUAGCCAUGUUCAUCAUUGGCAAAAGGCUGAAGAGCAGGCACCACCUUCAGGACGAUGUGCGUCAGGAUCUUUACUCCGCAGCCAACGAUUGGGUGUCGGCCGUGGGCAAGCACAGGAAAUUUAUGGGAGGAUCUCAGCCCAACCUGGCUGAUCUGGCAGUGUACGGGGUGCUGCGAGUUAUGGAGGGGUUGGAAUCCUUCAAUGAUAUGAUGAACAACACCAAAAUCAAGCCCUGGUACGAGCGGAUGGCUACAGCUGUUUAUAGCCCCGUAGACUCACAGUGAGCAACUGCCCUGAAGGGGAGAGGGUUGACUGCACUAACAGGUUUUACUAUGGCGAGCAAAAACCCAGGAAUAACCAAAGCCGAAGUACUUAGUUAGUCUUAACAUGAUCACUUCAGUUAAAUUCUGGGAAAUCCCAGAAUGCAUUAUGCAUUUUGCAGGAGUCCUUUGCUUGCUGGCUUAGGAAACGGUUAAAAAAAAAAAUUCUAUAGUGUAGUCUGGAUCUUAACAUCCAAUCACUUAUCAGAACUCUGUUUUACUGUAACAAUAGCAUUUGGACUGCUGGACAGUGGAUGCAACGCGUUUGGAGCACUUCCUAUAACCAUGGACUAUUCACUUGUUUCCUAUUAGGAUAUUUUGGUCUUGGGAUCCUGCAAAAUCUCAAUAAACAGGUAGAACUGUA